UCCGCGACCCGCGCGAUGGCGAACCUGUCGCAGUGGCUGGAGGAGGGCGCCGGGCGCUGGCCGCCGCGGCCGCCCGGGCCGUACAGCGAGGCGCAGCGGCUGGCGCUGGAGGAGCUGGUGGCGGGCGGCCCCGAGGCGCUGCGCGCCUUCCUGCGGCGGGAGCAGCUGCCGCCGUUCCUCUCGGAGCCCGAGGUGCAGGCGAUCGCGCGGGGCGCGCUGCCGCCCGCCGCGGCCCCGGAGCCGGCGGCCGAGCCCUUCGCCGGCGCCUCCCUCGACGCCUCCUCGCUCACCUACUUCCCCGAGCGCUCGGACCUGGAGCCGCCGGCGCUGGAGCUGGGCUGGCCGGGCUUCGCCAGCGGCGCCUUCCGCGGGCUCACGCGGGUGGAGGCGCACUUCCAGCCCGGCUGCGGGGACAGCAUCUACGGCUGCAAGGAGGCGGUGCGGCGGCAGAUCCGUUCCGCACGGCAGGUGAUUGCCCUUGUGAUGGAUGCCUUCACAGAUACUGAUAUCUUCAGUGACCUUCAGGAUGCCUAUAACAACCGCAAAGUCCCUGUCUACAUCCUUCUUGACCAGGGCUUUCUACCCCAUUUCUUGGAAAUGUGCAAGAAUUUGGGAGUGUGUCCCAAGCAGGAAAGUCUGCUGAGAGUUCGAACCCUCACAGGGAGCACGUACUACCUGAGAUCAGGUGCCAAAAUUGUUGGGAAAGCCCACGAGAAGUUCAUGUUGAUUGAUGGCAUUAGAGUGACAACAGGCUCCUACAGUUUCACAUGGUCCGAUGGGAAGCUGAACAGCAGUAACUUGCUGCUAUUGUCAGGGCAAGUGGUUGAACACUUUGACCUCCAGUUCAGGAUUCUUUAUGCCCAGUCAAUGCCCAUCAGCUCUAAGUGUCUGUCCAGCUGCAGGAACAGUGGGAUAUUUGAUCACCUGGUGAGCAGAAUAGAGUCCUCUAAAGAAUACACUGUGGAAGGCAACUUGAGAGCAGAAUUUGCCAGAUUGUCUAGUACUCCUAAGAAACUAUUGAAAGAACCAGAUCAGGCUGAAGAUAGUUCUGGAGAAAACUCUUGUAACCUGGGGCAUUCUUGCCUCUCUGAAGGGGAGUGGUUCAGCAAUCAAGUGGCCAUUGUGGAAUGGAGAAGCACAUCAACUCAAACUGGCCCAUGGGAAGAGAAGCCAGCUGUGACUGUGUGUAAUGCUGCCACGCAGACCUAUUUUGUGACAGCAGAAACUGGCACGCAGGCAUCAGUCACUGCUAGAAUGAUGGGCACUCAGACUUCAGUCUUGUUGAAGACUGCAGUGACACAGACAAGGGAAGAUGAGUACACAGAAACACCCCUGCUUCACAGAAAGUUGUCAAAAGAAGGAUCUUCUCUGUCUGGAAAGGCUGUAUCAAGUUCUAGUCUAUGGUCAUUGUCUUCAUCCUCAUCCCAGUGCUCUCUUGCCAGCUCUACUGGCUCUGUAUCUUCUCUCCGGUCCUUUGAAUAUCCUUUUGGUCACAGGGCAGAGUAUUUCCAAAAGCUGCACAAGGAGAGGCAGUUCCACUACUCCUCUAUCAGGUCGAAGCUGAGCCACAUGGUACAUAUCCUGUCCCGGAAGGGACAUGAGCCUGAAAGCUACAUGUCCCAGUACACAGGAAGGUGCCACCUGAAACAGAGGCGUGACAUCAGUGCCAGCCUGCGCAGCCUCCGGGACCUUUCCCUCUAUUCUCUGAAUAAACGAUGACUACACUGAAUGCAGAACACACAUUCUCAAACUGCAGUCACUCCGUUCCUGCUGAUUAUCCCACUGCCUUCCAGGACUUUUCCUUUUUUUAAUACACGUGUACAUCACCCUCCAGCACUUUGUUUUAUACUAUGCAGUUUAAGCAAUAAGAAGAAGAGGUGGUUAUUUAUAGGGUGACUACUUAUAUGGUGACUACUUAUAUGGUAACACUCUUAUAUGUGUUAGUGGUGAAGGUUCAUUUUAAUUCUGGAUGUAUAACAUGCAAAGUAAACUGAUUACUGCUUUCUAGGAUUGGUAACGCUCUGGCUUUAUGUACAUUUGGGAAAACUCGAGUCAGACAGGUCCUGCUCGAAGGCAGAUCCAGUGACGUCAAUGUAUACUUUUUUUUUUUUUUUUUUUUUUUUUUUUUAAAUGGCUUUUUUUCCUACUUUAUCUUUGGCAUGAGGGGAAACAACCUUUAUAAAGAGCCAUAAAGCUGAUUUUAUUCUGACUUCAGCAAUAUAUACAUUACUCUUCCAUUAAAGUUGUGAAAGGGUCUAAUGGAGCUGCUGCAGGUUCUUAUCUUCAACAGUAUCCUUUGCCCAUUGCUCAAACCUUCGGAAAUGGGCUGAGCUAAUUUAGCUCUUCAGUUUGAUCAUCCCCUCAUGCUUUUGUGUAGAUACAUAUAUACGCACACACUUUUGUGUAUAUAUAUGUGUGUGUGUAUAUACAUAUACACACACAUCCUCAGAAGAGCAUCACUUUAAAACCAGGAUGGGAAAAUAGCAAGUUAGCACUCCAUUAUAGCUGUACCCAUUUUAGAGACAGUAAAACAUGUAAACGCUUCCAGUAUUUGGAACUAAAAGCUGGAUCUAUUGGACCUGUACCACUACUGAGGGGAAGGUGUAGCUGAAGUAUUGGGUUUUGUGCUUGUGCGCAGAGCUGAGAUGGUAUCUGGAGUUUGUAUCUUGCUGCUCCACACCUGGUUGACUUCUCUUUUGGAAUGACUUCAAGGAUCUUUGUUUCUUGUGCAACUUCUUACACAGAGUUAAGACUUUCAGUCCUAGCACUGUAAAAUGAGCUUCCAGCUCUGGCUCAGUCUAGGAACAUCUGAGCCAUUUUGCUUCUAUGAAGAGACCUGUACAAAAUGUAGAGAUGAGCCAAUUGCUGAGGGCACAUGACAAACCCCUGUUUAAAAGCAAACUGAUGUGCACUACACAAUGUUAUGGGCUAUGUUUGGUAAUGUUGUACAAGUGUGAAAGUGAGAAAAAAACCACCCCCAAACCCACCUUUGUUCUUUAAACUGUCCUACCUGAAAUAUCCUGUUUUCUGCUCUGCUUAUCCUUUCUCCUCUACUAACUUGGUUUAAGGAGCUGCAGUACCACUCUAGUUUUUCAAUAUAUUCUAUUUUCAGUACUAAACGCAUCCUAGGUUAAGCUGCUUUGCAGGGACGUGACAUGGCUCUGCGAGCAGCAGUCUGUGUGUGUGCGCUUGCCGGAUUAGUCGUCUGAGCAGUGCGGAGGGUCUCUGACACCUGACCUGUGCUGUUCCCCUUUGGCCCUGCAUGUGAAUGGCCAACCGGACUGUUCUGCCAAGUCAAACCAGAGUCUGGGUUGUGUAUUUUCCUAUUUAUCCACACACGUGUCCAGUAGAUGGCACAUUUCAGCUGUUGUCUUUAAUAUUCCCAUAAACAGCAAAGAAUUGGGGAAUAUGCAGAAAAAUAUCCAAAACACAAACAGGCUGCAAGUGCAGUGUAGAGAGCAAUGCUUUUUUCUACUAACUUAGGCGUUCCUAGCUCUGAAAUCAUAUAGAUACGCAUGUAGCAUAAAGAGGCUUAGCUACUUUUAUUGCUUGGAUUUCAAAGCAGCCACUCCUUCUGUGAGGAAGGAAGCAGAUGUACAGAGGGGUGCAGGUUCAGGCAGAAAAGCUCUGUCUGUGCUUAAAGAGGUAAGAAACUGGUUCCACGAGCUGGAACACGGGGAGUGAAGUGAGUAGCAGAAAGGGAGCUGAGAUACACUGUCAAAGCCAAUUUCGAGUGCCUGUGCUCAGCAGUGCUUCAAUGUAUGUAAAAUCAACUUACGUGCUAUGUACCUUUAUUACACUGAGCAGCUGUUACGGUGCUCUCACAAGAACAAGAACCAGUUUACAAAUAAACUCAUUUUGCCGUGGGGUUUUUCACCUGA